AUGAUUAUUUUUCAGUAUUGUGGUGGUGUUUAUAAUAUAUUUCGAACAUUUUCCGGAUUAAAUAAACGUUUGAAUAGCAUUCUUGUCGAUCGACGUUUACAUUUAUUUACUGAUUUUUUAUGUAUGCACCAUAGUAAUACAAACCUGGAUUACUAUUACAAUUCUGCAUUGUUUCAUGACGUAUCUCAACAAUUAUUAUCUCUGACUAAAACCGAAAAUGACAAAAAACUUCGACAAUGUUUUCAAUCAUUAGUUUUCUUUCAUAUCAAAGUACAUGCUAAUCAAUUGAAACAUGAAUUUCAAUCGAAUAUGAAACAUUUUCAAUCUAUUCGUUUACUUCUUACGAAUGAAGAAACACAAUAUGUUGAUGAAGAAUUAAAGAACUCAUUGAAUAAACUAAAAACAUGUCCCAAAUCUGUUAAGAAUAUUGAAAAAAUUAUAUCACUUGUUUUAAAACAAGGUGCUCGUCUUCAAUAUGAUGACAACGAAUCCCAUGAAUUUAAUCUUACUAAAUCAAUUAAUGAAUUGUUACUUUCGAAGCUCAAUUCUAUCGAAUGUUGCACACGACAAUUGAUCAAUGCACUCGUUCAAAUGUUCAAAUCACUCAUCAUUUCAAAUCCAAGUUUUCUAAAGGAUCACGAUUGGUUUUAUUAUGAUAGUUAUGGAUCGCAAAAAUCUGGUGUUGAUGUAAAUAAAUUAUUUGAACUCAAUAUUAGAUAUGUAUUAAUAUUGGGAAAAGGAAUGAAAAAGAAUUUCGAUCAAAUAAUUUAUAAAACAAUUGAAAUCGAUGAUUCAUUAGAACAAAAUAUAUCAAACUACAUUAAAGAAGCAUUGGAUUUUAUUGCUGAAAGUCAAAAAAAUGAUUCAAAUAUAUUAGUCCAUUGUGUGUCUGGUAUUUCGAGAAGUGCUUCUAUAGUAAUAGCUUACAUAAUGGAUAAAUAUAAAAUCAAUUAUGAUGAAGCUUUUUCUUAUGUGAAAACGAAAAGAUCAACUAUACGUCCAAAUACUAAUUUUGUUGAACAGUUAAAUAAUCUUCAAUAA